AUGGAAGAGACUUUAAGAUCCGUAUUGAUGACAACUCCAGACCGAUAUCAUCAUGUACCAAAGCAUGAAUCUGAAGAAAGAUAUUCUUGGCGUAAUCUAGAUGAAGUUUUAAGUUUUAUAGAAAACAAUCCAGAUUUGACAAAACAUAUAGACACGCCAUACUUUUCAAGCAUAUCCGACGAGGAAAAGAACAAUGCUAGAUGGGCUUUAAAAAACGCAGUUAAAAAUCGAGCUUAUUAUUCUGGAAAUGAUGAAGAGAAAAAGAGUGAAGCUUUUUCAGCUAUUUCUUGGUUGAUUGCCUUUGUGGAAGAUAAAAUGUUUGAACUCAGGACAAGAGUAGCUGAAUCUGCUAAGAAACCAUCACGCUGGUUAUGGCAUCCGCAUACAAUGGUCGGUCUGAUGAGGAAACUCCAAUACAUAGAAGCAUCUGAUCUGUUGUAUCACGACUUUGAAACUCAUUAUCAAAAAUGGAUCUCAGAAGCUCAUCGACUGAAGACAUUGAAAGAUUCUGAGGAAGGAGGAAACGUAUAUUCAGACGACAGAAGAGUUAUAGUCUAUUUAGCUCUUGUCAUGUUUGGAAAUCACAACCAUGAAGUACCACAAAGUCCAGGCCGAGUCAAAGAGAAGAUAACACACAAAGGAGGGAUACGAAAUUCUGAUUGGGAUGUACCUACGUGGAUUCUAGUUACUUUCGAAGCUUGUCACAUCCUUGAGACUGAUCAAGCUUUUGAAGGCGCGAGCAAGAAAAAGUUGCCAGUAAUGUUGAAGACAUCUCAGAGUGAAGAGCCAUAUACUUAUGUGGAUUCUUCUGCAUAG